ACCGCCAAUACAAAUGGUGAUGGCGAUGAAGUUGACUUUAUCAGCUCGGAUAGAAGAAAGGUUCCAAUUAGCAUAAUCACAGGAUAUUUGGGAUCAGGAAAGUCUACGUUACUAGAGAAAAUAGGUAGAAAGGGCAAGAAGAAGUUUGCAAUAAUAUUAAAUGAGUUUGGGGACUCGAAAGAGAUUGAGAAAUCAAUAAUUGUCAAAGAUAACAAGAACUCCCAGGGAGAAAAAAUCUACGAGGAAUGGCUAGAGAUAGGCAAUGGAUGCUUGUGCUGUUCGGUCAAGGACAAUGGGGUCACAGCGAUAGAAAACUUGAUUGAUAAAUCAAUAGGAAAGAUCGAUUAUAUCUUGUUAGAAACAAGUGGAUUGGCAGAUCCCGGACCAAUUAUCAAGAUGUUUUGGUUGGACGAAGGAAUGAAGUCGAAUGUAUACAUUGAUGGAAUCAUUACAGUGUUGGACGGGAAGAACAUUAUCAGGAAUUUGACUGAAGACAAAGAAGAGUAUCGCUACAAGGAGAAAAGCUCUCUCUACGUUGAUCACAACGAAGAAGAGAAGGAAAAGAAGGAAAAGAAGGAAAAGAAGAAAGAGAGGAAAGAAAACAUCACCAUCGCACAUUUGCAGAUCGCAAUGGCCGACGUACUUUUGCUCAACAAGGCCGAUCUCGUUUCGCCAGCCCAGAGAGACGAAAUCUACGCCCACAUCCGGAGCAUUAACACCGUUGCGCCGGUCUACGAAACGCAGUACGCCGAGCUUGAUACGGAACGGAUCUUGAGCUUGGACGCCUUUUCCACACGAAUAACGAACAAAUGCGGAGCUGAUAGCGAGGGUAACGAGGGCAACUUUCACUUUCACCACAGCAGUAGUAUCGAAACCCAAACGCUCAGUUUCGGCAGCUUCGACUUGUCGGCUGGUAAUUUGAACAAAGUCGAGCUGUUUGUUCAGCACGUGUUGUGGGAAAACGACGUUGCUGGCAAAAGCGUUGAGAUACACAGAUUGAAGGGGUUGUUGGUUGGCAGCAGUGAGUUCCGGAUUAUACAGGGUGUACGAGACACGUACGAGAUCACAGACGCCUUCAGCGACGACAGCAACGGUGGUGCUGUGUUUGACCGAAGUAAGUUGGUGUUUAUUGGGAGAAGCCUCCGGAAAGACGCAUUAAAAGCAGAGUUCUUGCGGUUC